CUGACACUGACAAAUGUCACAUUUUAUAUUUUUAUUUUAGGUUAUAUUUUUAAGUGAAGUAAUCUUAUAAAUAAACUAAAAAAUAUUUAUUAUGAAGACUGAAGGUAUUAAUUCGGGGGAUCCUAUUUGGACACAAAAUGUAGAACUUCUACCACAAGAGGAAUGUCUUCCAGUCAUUGGCAGCUCUCAAGUAUCGUCAAUCCUUCAAAAUUUGGAUCCAACAGGUGGAGAAAAUGGCCCCCAAAACAUGGACUUAAUAAUUCUUCCACCUGCCGAUUUUAAACUACCUGUAGUAGAGAACCCCUUCUCAAUCCCUAAUAAUUAUAUAAUUUUAAAAGAAAAUGGAGAGACAAAACAAGACAGACUUAAGCCUACUAUUAAGUUGAGGGACCUGAAGCCAAAAAAGAAAGACAACUAUGAAGACAUGUUAUACUUUGUAUGCAAUUUGUGUCCAUUUUUGUGUACAAACGAUACGAAAAUUAAUGAACAUUUAGAAAACGCCCACAAAAACAGGUCCAUAGUUAAACUACAGGAGUUGAAAUGCCCUGCUUGUCCUAAUAUAUUUUACCAUAGAAUGUCUCUAAGAUCCCACCUCAUCCAUGACCAUGGAGUAGGAAACUCAGAUAUCACUCCCAUUAUACAGGCAGUGGUGUAUUAUUCUAAUAAAAAUAAAAAGAAAGAAAAACAAAAGCUGCAUGUGAAACCUGUUGAGGAAAUGACACUUAUAGGUGGUAAUGAUGACACCUCAGACUCCACAGAUAAACACCAACCUCCAAGCGACCUGAACAAUUCAAAACCGUUUUUCGAAAAUAUAGUACAGCUACCAGAGAUAGUAACAAUGUCGAAUUUAGAUCCUUCAGAAAGUACAAGAUGUCCUUUCACCACCUGCAAAAUGAAGUUUCCGGAUGGUGCCAAACUGAACUACCACAUAUCCUGUCACAGUGAUGGUGCCUUCGCCUGCUUCGAAUGCGGAGAGCCGUUUUCCACUUUUAAACCGCUAAUCUCUCACAUGUGGCGCCUUCAUAAGCUAGAUUUAGGUUUAUAUUCCUGUGAUAAGUGCGACUAUAAAACGUAUAGCUUAGCAAAACUCAAUAACAUUCAUAAGUAUAUUCACGGUGACGCCAAAAAUUUUUCCUGUGAUGUUUGCAAGAAGGCUUUUAAGAAUAGUAAGCAGCUUAGGAAUCAUAAGUUAACUCAUAAAGAGAAGACCCAGAAGUUAGUGCAUAUUUGUAGCGAAUGUUCGAAGAAAUUUUCUGAUAAAAGACAGUUGAGAAUUCAUCAGGAUGUGGUACACAAAAAACUGAGACCGUUCUUGUGUAAUUUCUGUGGAUAUAAGGGACCUUCGAGGAGUUCCUUGAAAAUGCAUGUUAGACAACACACAGGUGAGAAACCAUUUUCCUGUAAUGUUUGCAGCUACACAACAUCCGAUCACAACUCAUUGCGUAGGCACAACCUUCGACACACUGGUCAUAAACCGUACAAGUGCAGCUACUGCGCAUACGCCUGCAUUCAAAGCAGUACUUACAAGACUCACCUGAAGACCAAGCAUCCCGGACUGGAGAAGGAUCUUCUGUUCACUUGUGUCGAAUGUCAAUUUAGAUCUGUGAAUAAAGAUAUGUACAUAAUGCAUAUGGUAACAGCACACAAUUUAAAACCUCAAGAUUGUACGUAGUUAUGGUUGCAAUAAAGUAUUUAAUAAAUAUUUA